GGACGUGCCAGUGCCCAUUUGGAAGGAUGCCUCGCCCAGGAUGUGGCAACUAUGGAAGGGGCUGAGGGGACGAGGGAGACGGCAGUGGACUCUGGGCAAGCAACAUCCAUGAGAGCUGUGGAUUUAAGUAAGAAUAAGAGUGGGGAUGGGAACGCUGCGAUUCCACCUAGUGAUAUGAAGUGUACUAGUCCAUGCAAUCAAUAUACAAUGAAGAGGAGUAAUGCAGCAUUCACAAUAGACAGUGAUGGAAGUCUGGCGAAACGCGUGCGGAAAGAUGGUGUGGCAGAUGCUGAAAUGGCAAAGGGAGAGGGAAAAAGUCGUGGAGCUGUAGUAGAAGAGGAAACCUCGACAACUUCCUCGUACAAAGCAAGCCAGUCAGUGAUCCCAUGUCUGGAGGUUGUAUUGAGUGUGGAUGAAACACAAGGGCAGCCUGUCACAGACAGGGGUGACGAGCAAGGAAAUGCUUCAUGCCUGGGGUAUGAUUCCAUGGCUGGAAGCCAGGCUUGCUGUCAAGAUGGAAAGGACAGCAAAAGCAAGCAUUCUGCAGAAGAGUUGAUGAGGAAUACUGAUGGGGGACACACCACAGGUGAUCCUCUCGCUGUGAAGAUGACUGGCUUAACCCCACCAAAAGGGCCCAGGGAAGGGGUUCCAUUGGCUGCCGAGAGGAACGAAAAAGAGGCAUCCUCCUCUUUCAGAAUCAACAUCAUGGGAAUGGGGAUGGGCGGUGGUGAGAUAUUGAAGGUUUCGAAUUCAGAAUGCACAGAGCUCACAGUUGUUGUGGAUACAGCGGAUUGUGAAGCUAGUGUGGCAGCAGAGCAGGAAAAUGUUUGCACGACUCGCAUGGGCAGUGGUAAUCAUACACAACCCCCACCCAGAACCCUUCUGCGAAUCUGCACUGAGUCUAGUCAUAAUGAAUCUUCGACCGCUGAUGAUGUCAGGAAAAAUACGUUGCAGGCCAAGACGAAGCAAACGGUGUUUUCUGACAGCCUCGACAUCCCAAGUCAAAAUGAGCUGGUAGCUGGAGGUGGAGUGCCUGCGUGUGGAGUGGCUGAAGAUCGAGGAGAGUACGCGGAGGAGGAACCUACCUCCAGGAGCAUAUUGCUGAGUGCCCAAUCACAUGGAGAAAAUUGUCAAGCUGACAAAACUGCACCUUGUACACUGUCACACGCUGCCACGGGGUCAAGGAAUCUCGGCAGCGCAGUCAAAAACUUUUCUGAGGUGGCAUGUGACAGCGGCCACGAGGACAAGAAGGACAGUCUCAUGGGGAAAGUGGACAACAUUGUCAUUCUGACAGAUGUGAAGGUGUCUGACAACCCAGUCAGUAUGACCAGAAAAGAGGAUAAUAUUGCCAGUCUGGCAAGGGUACAGGCAUCUGACAACCCAGUCAGCUCUCAUCCUUGUGAAAGUGUCAUCAACGCCUCACGUGCAAGGGCUGGGUCACAGGUACAAGAUUGCCACUCUGAUCAAUCUCCAGCUCCUGAAGCCUCAGGGAUUUCGGUCGGUUGUACACCUCCCCUCAUUGACUCAUGCCCCAGUGCCGACAUGGCCAAGAGUGACUUUCCACAAGGAACAGCUGGGUGCAGGAAUGAUGAUGAGCGAAAGGACAAGGAGAUGACAGGAACGGAGGACAAAACAGUCUGCCAGACUAGUGAGAUUAGUCCAGGAAAGAUGAAAAAGAAGAAGAAGAAGAAAACACAACUAGACGUCGCCGACGAAAAAUCAGAGGAUUUUACCUGGGAAAAAAGGUAUGGAAAGGUCAUGUUCGACGUCUGGGACAUCGGGAACAUGAGAGCAUUGAUCCGCUACAGGAUACACUGCGCAUCUGCUCAUGAAGACAAUACAACCCCCACAAGCAGGAGUUUGGGAGGGAAUCAGCCAGUAGGAGUUCCACAGGGUGCAGAAGUGUCGGAGAUGCCGAUCUCGGUCAGGCCAAAGAUGGAAUACCAGCCGGAAAAGCUCAGACUGAUGUCGACAGAACAGGAGAUCGGGGCACUGCCACGACGCAGUGCCAGAAUCGCAGUUCGUGCCCGCCCUGCAGUACCUCCAAGACCGAAGAAACUCAGCAGACGGACAACUCCAGCAGCAUCAAGUACGGCAUUGACGGUACAAGACGCCACAGGAGAUCAUCCCACAUACCCAGUCCGAGGAGCCAAUGAGCCCGCGGCUGAUUAUCGUGGGCGGCUACUGGCAUUUUCAAAAGCCGUAGCUGCCGUCGAGACCCGGAAGGAGAUAGCAGAGGCAGAACGUCAGCGGCUAGCCAAUGAAGCGGCAGCCGACGCUCAGCGAACGACUGAGACUGACGCAGCGACACGAGACAAACGGAAUGCCAGCAGCACGGAGUCCUUGAUUGCUUGUGAGCAUCAGUGGACGACGGUACUCCAAGACAUGAUCUUUGUGCCUACAGAAGCGCAGGCAGACCCGACACCGGCGGAGGCAGAGAGAAGUAACCUGGCUAACUUGCUGUUGGGCAUGAUGAGAGGUAUUAUGUGDAAUAAUACACUGCUGCAGUCACAUCUGCGCGCGGACGUAACGCAGCGACAAACAUACAAGAAUGAUAUGACUACGUUAACCACUGCUAUCCGCACAGAGGCAAUGCAGCAGCAGCAACAGCACCAACUGUUGAACUCCACUGUCACACGCGUCAACAGCAUAGAGGCUAACGCCUCAGCAGCGCCARGCUGCACGACAGACGUGACGAAGCAACUCAACGAGCGCAUCGAUCACGUCGUCACCAUCAUCGGCGACAUAAGUAAGUUCACUGGACCAGACUCGAUCAGCAGCACGGUGGCCGCCAUCAAGACGGACCUCACCAAGCUACAGACGAGACCGGAAGCCGCUACAAAGACGUUCAAGAUGCCGCACUUCGACAUCAGCAAGUUCGACGACUACAACAAGUCGGACGCCUUGUCAUGGUGGCAACGUUUCCUCACGGAAGCAUCAUGCCGCAUGGUCCCRGCAGACGACAUGUUGAAGGCAAUAUAUCUACAACUGAUUGGAGGAGCGCAGGGAUGGAUGAACCACCUAGCAGCUACACACAAGUGCACUAUCGCCGAACUCCACACGCACAUUACGUGGAAGGAGUUCGAGCAGCUAUGGUUCACCCGGUUCAUGGUCCGCAACGUCGUGAAGGCGGCCAUGAAUGAGGUGUACACAUGCUCUCAAGRGAACAUGCCAACGCGAGACUGGACAACGAAGUGGCAAAAGAUAGUAACCACAGCAGGUUUCGACUUGACAUUUCCAAAUCAACGAUCCGAGUUCUUCUCGCGAUCAUGCGCAGGAUUGCGGUCGGCACUCGGUAAUGAGUACGACUAUACCACAUUCCAGGCCAUUCUCGAUUGAGCGAACUUGGUCAUCCAAACGGACGACAAGGCCGCUAACGAGAGGCAAUCCCAGCCGCACUAUGUGGCUAAGCAGACCUAUCAACGUCCGGCACAUAACAAUG